GCCGCUGCGCCUCGCCCGGGGUGGCAGGGAAGCGGGCUGCGCUGGGGGCUGCGGGGCGGGGGCCGCGGCCCGCCCACGCCAUGUCCGCGGAGAGGCGGCCGGGCUCGGGCCGAGGCGGCGAGGGCAUCAAGUUGUCAGCAGAGGUCAAACCAUUUGUUCCAAAACAUGCGGCGGUAACUGUGGCAUGGUCAGAACCCUCAGAAGCAGGUGUCUUUCCUAGGUACUUAACUACAUGCUACCCAUUUGUUCAGGAACCAUCUUUGGAUAAGAAAUCUCAGUAUUUUCAACCCAUUUUGAUUUGUAAUAGAAAUUCAACAUUGAGGCAACAAGUAUAUGCUGAAGAUUUGCCCCGGGAUGACUUCUCAUCUCUUUCUCAAUGUCCAUCACAUAGUGUUCUGGGAGAUCCUGCCUUCUGUGAAUACUCCAGCUGCUCUUACUCACCUGAUGUUGUUUCAAACGUAUAUCCAGCAGCUGGCUCACAAUAUCAUUCUAACAACUCAACACUCUAUAAUGGUUCAGGAAUAGUCAGUGAAUCUGCUGAGCAAACGUAUCCAAUCAGACAAGAAAGUAAGAAUCUUUCAAAGCAGAGGAGAUCAAAAGAGGGUGAGAAAAAAUUAGACAAGAAAAGGCAUGACGAAGAUGACUCUUCUGUCAGAAUUGUGAACAGGACUUCAUUCCAGACCUCCACGUGCAGCACAGAUUCUGUGAAGCCAGACAGGUUCAAUAAAACUACAAACAAGAAAUCAAGUCAGACUCCAAAACCAGAGUCUCUUCCUGUACCUGCAUUUGAAGCUACCGUUCUGGAUUUUCACAAGUCACAGAGUCUGGGAAGCAGCGAGGUAUUGAACGUACAGCAUAAAAGUGGACCAGUAUGUUCAGCAGAAAGUAACAUUACGUGCCUUAGUCAACCACAGAUGUCUCUUUUGUUGAACACAGAGGAAGAUACUUCUGCAGAAAGCAAAGCUUCAUCAAAAACUUCAAAUGAAAGAGUAGCCAGCUUAAUUCCCUCCCCAUUUGAUGGUAGAAAUGGCUCUGCUCAGCCACAUGUGUCUUGGGCCAUGGUACUUUCACAGCCCCCAAAGAAAAUUGUGUCAUCACCAGCAUCUGAAGGUCUUUCCAGAGGCAAAGGGAAGCAGGAUAAUGAAGCAAAGCAGUCAGAAACAAAAAAUGAUGCUAGUGAAACUGAGCCUGAAGAAGGGUCAGAAAGGAAGAGAAAAAAGAAGAAAAAGAAGAAAAAAACUAAGUCACCCAGUGAUGUAGAGAAACCUCAGAAUGAAUCUACUACAAUACAGGAACCACCAAGGAUCGAGGAUGCUGAGGAGUUUCCUGAUCUGGCAGCUGCUUCUGAUAGGCGAAACAGGCUAGGAUCUCAGAAAUCAUCGUUUACUCCUGCUGGCAGAAAGCAGCCUGAAAUCCAACUCCCCGAAGAGCCUUGGGAUAGUCGGUCUCCCACGCUGGAUGGAACUCCCAAGGUGGAUGGACUGUCAGGGAAGCAAGCUUCGUAUUCUAUAAUAGAAAGAAAGAAAAUGCAGGACACAUCCAGGAGCAGUGGUAAGAAGAGUCAAAUUCCCGUUCAGUUGGAUUUGGGGGGCAUGCUGGCAGUCUUGGAGCAGAAGCAGCAAACAGAGAAAUCAAAACAGUCUUCUAAACCUGUGGUGUUUUCAGUUGGUGGUGCCAUACCAUUGCUUUCUAAAGAACCUGCUACAGCCACAAAAAGUUACCGGUUGAACCAAGGAAAGAUGCCUCAUAACCCUUUGGAUUCCAGCGCUCCUUUGGUGAAGAAAGGGAAACAGAGAGAAGUCCCUAAAGCAAAGAGACCAACACCUCUUAAAAAGAUUAUUCUGAAAGAAAGAGAACAACGAAAACAGCAACACCUGUUAGAACAGACAGCAGUACCAAAAGAUGAAGAUAAUGUUUGUCAGUCUGGAGAAAACAUUACUGAAGAUAAAUUGCUUCUUCAGGAUAGUCAAGCAGCUGUUCCUGUAACACAAGUUGCUGAAGGGCUUCUGGAGAACACAGGGAUCAAGGAAUCUACAGAAGGUUCUGUGACAUCGAAGCAGCUAACGUCCAGUCUUCCAAAAAUCCAUAGUAGGAAGUUUAGAGAUUAUUGCAGCCAGGUACUUAGUAAAGAAGUUGACAGUUGUGUGACAGAUCUCUUAAAAGAACUCGUUCGUUUCCAAGAUCGCUUGUAUCAGAAAGACCCAGUAAAGGCCAAGAUAAAACGCAGGCUUGUUAUGGGUCUUAGAGAAGUUUUGAAACAUCUGAAGCUGAAAAAACUGAAAUGUGUCAUCAUAUCUCCUAACUGUGAAAAGAUUCAGUCAAAGGGUGGGUUGGAUGAGACUCUACACAACAUUAUUGACUGCGCCUGUGAACAGAAUAUCCCGUUUGUUUUUGCCCUUAAUCGCAAGGCCCUAGGGCGCUGUGUGAACAAAGCAGUGCCUGUGAGUGUGGUGGGAAUUUUUAGCUAUGAUGGGGCUCAGGACCAUUUUCAUAGAAUGGUACAACUGACAACAGAGGCCAGGAAGGCCUACAAAGAUAUGAUAGCAGCUUUAGAGGAAGAAGCUGAAGGAGGACUUAGACAAACCCAAUCCACCAUCUUAACCACUGAAUACGAAAAAAAUGGCUUACCAGAAACUGGUAAAACGUCUUCCAAGGACUCGGAUGAGGAUGUACCAAAUUACAUUAAAAUCUGGAAGAGAAAACUUGAAGAAGAGUAUAACCCAUAUGCACUGGAACUGGAAAGGAGUGCAGCUGCUGGCAUGGUGAUAGUGAAUUCGGAAGAGCAUCAGUAAAAAAGCCCAAUAGAAUUGGAUCAGCAAAUUUUUAUUUUUAGACCCCCUAGGAAGAGAGUAGCAAAAUAAACUAAUGUAAUAAAUAUUGGAAGUCAGCUAAGUAAACUGUUCUGAACGCCUUUAAGCAAAAUACACACUGGAGCACAUGAGGCACUGACUAAUGCUUUUAUGUUCUAUGUAUUUGGCUGAUUACUGACAACAGCAAAUUGCCUUUGCCCCGAACCACUUGAGCUGGCUUGGCAUACUUUAAGGGUUUGAUGGACUAGCAUUGAUUUGUUAGUGAUACAAUAUACCAAGAGAACUUUGCUAGAAAGAUAAUUUUUUGGGGAAGAGAUUCCAUGAGCCAGAAGUCUGGGGCCUAUGGGGAGUUGCUUUUUAUUUUUAACUCUUUUUAAAAAAACUGGUUUUUGAGUGUAGGUUUAGUUUUGUUUUUUUCUUCUAAAUAAACCUGCUCAGGUGGGCAAGCUGGCAUCAAUGUCACUUUCUUCCAGUCAGCAAGAAAUUAAUUCAGGGCAGGCAGCUUCUUUGAAACAAAUUAAGGAAAGCCAUGAUGACAAAGUUCCCAGUUAGCUGUCCUGUGUAGUAUUGUCGUCUUCUGGGAUCAUACAGCAUGUGUAAAGGAGAGAGCAUGGACUACAAAAGUCUGAAAUUCCUGAAGUAAAAAAUGCUCUGUUUAGAAAUUUUAUGAAGUUGAUUAAACGUACAACAAUGAUGUUUCUGCUGCUACUGAGACUAGUUUAUCAUAGGUCCUGCUUUGAAGAUAGAGGAUGUUUAAGGACAGCAAAUGUGCCAGCCUGCUAUGCUAUCUGUAACUUCUCCAUGCUGACUGACUCCUCAUUCCUUCAGUUUGGAGUUGUGUCAGUGUAUAUAUGUAAGACUUUCUGAUCAAUUUCAGUUUAUAUCUAAGGUAGAGAAAAUGAAUGUUUUAUAGGAAAUAGAUUUUAUUUCCUAUAGGAAAUGUUAAAAAGAAAAUGUGCUUAUGAUGGUGGUGGAGCACCUUAGUGGGAAUGUCCUAUAUAAAUACCGUUGUUUACAAGUUGCAGAUGUAAGAGGACAAGCCUAAAGAAAGUAAUUGGAGGAUGCACAUGUAACUUGUCAGCUGUUCUGAAAGGUGAUAAUAGAUGCCGUGUGCUGCUGCCAGCGUCUCUGAAGUGCGUCUGUAAGUGCUUCACUACAUUGAACAUUUGUAGUGCAAUACUUUGGAAAGUAGCUGCCUUGUGAAGUUAGAAAUGAUAUGAAAACUUUAAAUAAUUUUGGAAUUCAAACAAUUUUGUAGAAUGUAAAUUGUAUAAAAUCUGUUACAAUAUAUUGAUUCUAUGAAGUAUGA